GAAGACAGUCCUAGUCCCAAGCGACAGCGCCUUUCCCAUUCGGUCUUUGACUAUACAGCAGGAUCACCAGCCCCAUCUCCACCAAUGCGACCAUGGGAGAUGACUUCAAAUAGGCAACCUCCUUUGGCUCGGUCCAACCAAAACCACUUCUCAGGGGAACAAUGCAGCACACCUGCACGAAACAGGAGAAGCCCUCCUGUUCGACGUCAGAGAACACGGAGAGAUUGUUUGUCUAGACAUAAUUCUGUUAGCCAGGAUGAAAACUAUCACCAUCUCUCCUAUGGACAGCAGCAAGCAAUAGAAGAGCCGCGAGCCUUUCGCCCUCCGAAUGUAUCUCCUCGUAUGUUGCGCCCAGCUGCUCACCCACCACAGCAGAAUGCAGUGAUGGUUGACAUUCAUGAUCAGAUCCAUCAGGGCCCAGUUCCAGUGUCAUACACAGUGACAACGGUGGCUCCACAUGGGAUACCACUUUGCACAGGCCAGCACAUUCCAGCCUGCAGCGUGCAGCAGGUCCCAGGGUGCCAAGUGGUUUUCAGUGGACAGCACCUUCCAGUUUGCAGUGUGCCUCCCCCAAUGCUUCAGGCGUGCUCAGUCCAGCACUUACCAGUACCAUAUGCAGCAUUUCCACCUCUCAUUUCUAGUGACCCAUUCCUUUUGCAUCCUCCUCAUAUCUCCACACACCAUCCUCCUCACUUACCUCCUCCAGGACAAUUCGUUCCUUUCCAAGCACAGCAGUCCCGGUCGCCACUUCAAAGGAUAGAAAAUGACGUAGAAUUGCUUGGAGAACAUCUUCCUGUAGGAGGUUUUACAUACCCUCCCUCAGCCCAUCCACCACCGUUGCCUCCUUCAGCUCCUCUUCAGUUCUUAACCCACGAUCCAUUACACCAGGAGGUGUCAUUCGGUGUACCUUAUGCACCUUUCAUGCCUCGAAGACUCACAGGGCGCAGCAGAUACCGAUCACAGCAGCCAAUACCACCUCAGCCUUACCAUUCGAGCCUAUUACCUUAUGUGCUAUCAGUGCUCCCAGUGCCACCUGCCGUUGGACCAGCUUUGAGCUUAGAGUUGGAUGUGGAAGAUGGAGAGGUGGAGAACUAUGAGGCACUGCUGAAUUUGGCAGAACGCCUGGGAGAAGCUAAACCACGGGGAUUAACAAAAGCAGACAUUGAACAGCUUCCAUCUUACAGGUUCAAUCCGAACAAUCGCCAGUCGGAGCAGACCUUAUGUGUGGUUUGCAUGUGUGAUUUUGAGACAAGGCAGCUACUUAGAGUCUUACCCUGCAGCCACGAGUUCCAUGCCAAAUGUGUUGAUAAAUGGCUGAAGGCAAACCGCACCUGCCCGAUCUGUAGAGCUGAUGCUUCGGAAGUACAUCGUGAUUCAGAAUGACCAAUCUUAAGAGCACAAAUCUGGUUGGGGUAUUUCUGGUCACAUGUAUACAUGAACCGUCAUGUGGCUUCCAGCCUACCCUUUACACAAAAGGGUCAGUGGACCUUACUUUGCACUGUGUGACUUAAUCAACUAUAAAGCUUAUAACUAGUCUUCACAGUUAUGGGAUUGUUAUACUAACAGUGUGAUUGGAACUCCAAAGAUUUUUUUUCUUUUUGAGCUUAAUUUUGUGUGUGCACUAACAUUCCCUGGGUUUUGUGUGAUCAUUCCGAGUAUUGCUGCGAGAUUACUGUGGAUGUGAUCUUUAAGCAUGUGCUUUGUGUUACAGAAAAGAAAAAA